AGGCAGCCCCAGCAGCUCUGCUGUGCGGUCCUGACAGGAAGUAAAACACAUCUGACCUGAGGGAGGGGGGGUCUCUUUAUGUGACAGCUCAGCCCCACCGGAUUUAUCCCGCUGCGGCCCCCGUCUGCAGCCACCCUCCCCGUUUACUCUGUAAUGUCCGCGUCCCUCCGCCUGAAGCACAGGACAGGACAGUGUCUCUGCUCUUCCAGGACCUUGACGCAUCGCCUCCAUUCAGCCAUUGUAGCGGGGGGAGCAGGCUCCGUACUGUUGUGGUUUCAGUGCGACCCGUGACUGAUUUCACCGGGAAAUGUCGCCGUGUGCCUCGCGUUAGGUUCCUUUCUUCGGUGUAAGCUCAAACUAUUCUGUCGGCUGGCGUCGUCGGUGCGGAGCAGGGCUACGAUGUCUGGAGCUGUCGGUGGCGGAGGAGGCUCCUCCUGUCUGGGCGCAGCAGCGGCGGCCAGUUGCAGCUCCGCCGGCUCUUCUUACGCCGCUGCGGCCGGAGGAGGCGCAGGGGUGGCCGGGAGGCUGCAAGCCCGGGUCCUGGAGCACAUUUUCUCCUAUCUGGAGCUGUCUGACUUGAUGCGGUGCGCGCUGGUCUGCUGGCACUGGAACAAUAUCCUGGCGGAUGAAAACAGCGAGGUGUGGCGCAGCCUCUCCAGCCGGACUCUGAGCGAUGAAGCUCUGCGGUCUGACAUCCUGUGCAACCUGCCCACCUACAAGGGGAAACUCAAGGCCUAUCAACACGCCCUGAGUUCCCACGACUGCUCCCGCAAUGUUUACGUGAAGAAGAACGGCUUCACCCUGCACAGGAACCCUAUCGCCCAGAGCACGGACGGCGCUCGUGGCAAGAUCGGCUUUUCAGAGGGGCGGCACGCCUGGGAGAUCUGGUGGGAAGGCCCCCUCGGCACCGUGGCAGUGAUAGGCAUCGCCACGAAGCGGGCGGCGAUGCAGUGCCAGGGCUACGUGGCCCUGCUGGGCAGCGACGACCAGAGCUGGGGCUGGAACCUGGUCGACAACAACCUGCUUCAUAACGGGGAGGUCAAUGGGAAUUUCCCACAGUGUAACAAUGCACCCAAAUAUCAGAUCGGGGAGAGAAUCCGGGUGAUUCUAGACAUGGACGACAAGACGUUAGCCUUCGAGAGAGGUUUCGAGUUUCUGGGAGUAGCGUUCCGUGGACUGCCCAAAGCCUGCCUGUUCCCAGCUGUGUCCGCAGUCUACGGCAACACCGAGGUCACCAUGGUGUACCUGGGAAAACCUCUGGACGGCUAGAAGCAGAAUAACACGUGCCACCAUUUAAACUAACAGGCCACCGGAGAGUGCAGGACUUUUUCUGUCAAGAGUGCCAACCACCGAGGUGAAGUGGUCGUGUUUCUUCCAAACAAAAUAACUAUUCACGCACACAGAGAGAACUAAUGGCAUUUCUACUACAGCUGGACAUGAACCCAGAGUCAGACAGACUACAGGGAGGGCGUGGGUCAGUCAUAAACAUGUUUCUGUAUCAGUGUGGAAGUGUCCACUUUUACAGUUUAGCUGCUGGACAUUUUUUUUAUUUACAGGACAGGGGAACAUAAUUUAAUGUCACGUGAUUCAGUCGAACUGUGCUGAACAUCCACCUGAGAUUCUGCGUCUGUUUGAAUGAGGCCAAAUCUGUUCUGAACUGUGGCAAAUACUUUAAGGCGUCAUUUUAAAAGCGGCACAGUGGUUGUUGUGAAUAGCUCCCUGUUGUGUGAGUGAAUGGAAGCAGCUGACACUGGUGAACCAUAAUCACUGACUGGAUUCUAAUGGGUUUAUGCCAAAUCAAUGUGACCUAAUGUUGUAAGUUGAUGAAGGCAGACCGAGGACGUGGGGACCAACUGUCACACAUGUGCAUGGACACGGGUGUAUGGACUGAAACAUUUGCCCUUUUAAAAUACUCAUCCAGUAAUGGUGGAAACUAGACCUGCAUCAUGUUAACGUGUGUCCUUUUUAAUGUGCUACUGUAGUAUUACACACUAUUUAUUGGUUUUAUCUAUGGUACUGUUGCUACUGUAUGGUUAUAAGGCCUGAAAAUAAAGUCUACAUGUUGCCACUCUUA